AUGACUUACAAUAGAUUAUGCUUCAUUUACAUAUUAAUUCAUCUGUUAAUUAGAAUUGAAUCAUUUACUCCCGAAGUAAGACAUGCUCAUUCAUCUGUCCUUGUUGGAAACAAGCUAUAUAUUUUUGGUGGAAAAAAUGAAACUGCUUAUACAAAUGAAGUAUUCUACCUUGAUGUUUCUCAACAAUUUGAUACGGGGCUUCCACCAUGGACCGACCUUACAUUAAAUUCAGGAAUAGGAUUUCGAAGUGGUUGGUCGACUACUGUUGCAUUGAAUGAUGAUAAUGAUGACCCGACAAUAUUCCUUAUAGGAGGAUUUAUGUUUGAUAAAUAUAGUGAUAAAGAUGCGUUUACCUCACUAGUACAUAGGUUUAAUCCAAAAUUUGGGCAAUGGGAUGCACUUAUAAUUUCUGGAAAAGAGCCUGAUAGAAGAAGAGACAUUCAAGCUGUGGCUGAUGAUUCAGGAAAAAUUUAA